AUGCAAAGCUACCUGCUGCUGCUUGUCGCGAUUGCCCUUUCCCCCCUAUGUGCACAUAAAGGGGAGGCAACGGGCAAGUACAGCUACAUAACUAGUAGAAGCAACGUACCAGUGAGCAGGUUAAAAAAUAUACAAAAGUCCAAAACCACGUUGCUCCUUUCACCUGGUGAACAUAACCAACAAGGGAUCAGCAUCCCGUCGAUGUUACUCUCCAAGAGAAUCAUAUUUCUAUCAUCUCCAGUGUAUCCCCACAUAUCUGAACAAAUAAUCUCACAGCUGCUCUACCUGGAGUAUGAGUCGAAGAGAAAACCAAUCCACUUAUACAUUAACAGUACAGGUGAUUUAGAAAACAAUAAAAUUAUAAACCUGAAUGGAAUCACAGAUGUGAUAUCUAUCAUUGAUGUCAUAGAUUACAUAUCGUCUGAUGUGUACACAUAUUGCUUGGGGAAGGCGUAUGGCAUUUCCUGCAUUUUGGCUAGCAGUGGGAAAAAAGGGUUUCGUUUUUCCCUUAAGAACUCAUCCUUCUGUUUGAAGCAGUCCUACUCUGUUAUCCCCUUCAACCAAGCCACCAACAUUGAAAUACAGAAUAAGGAAAUUAUGAAUACCAAGAGGAAGGUCGUUGAUAUUAUUGCUAACAACACGGGGAAGGACAAGAGUCACAUUGAACAAAUAUUGGAGAGGGACAGGUACUUUAGCGCCCCCGAAGCUGUGCAGUUCAACUUGGUAGACCAUAUCCUCGAGAAGGAGUAG